AUGGCUGGCUCGUCACCAGGAAGACGCACUGAUCAGAACGAUACAAAUAACUACAACGGGGAGAGUGUCACAUAUACAUCUUAUUUUGAGUCUUUUCCCAUUCCCUUUAUAUUUCGACCUCAGCGCUCAGUCCAUAAUUCAUCUUCGUCUUCCUCUAAUUAUAUGCCUUAUUUACGGCAGUCGUCUAACGACGCAACAAAGCAAUCACGAUUACAUCAAGGGCUGCUUAUAAGUCGACGUAUGUCUGCAUUGAUUGCAACAUAUUUUGUUCGCGGAAUAAAACGGAGACACGUUUAUCUACUAUUGUUCACGGCUAUCCUGUUUUGCUGGAUAUGGCUGUCAACAAUCCGAGUUUAUGCUGUCCUUGGUAAAUACAAAGUCAAAAAUUAUCUAUACGAUACUGGCUUGCUGUCGUGUUCUCUAAGAAAGGAGCCAAUUAUAUAUGUGCUGGACACUUACAACGUAGUUGCAGUAUGGGAGUCCAAUUGUAUGAUGGAGAAUGUGAGGCUGCGUUGGUAUCGCGAGUCGAACGCAGUUCAUGUAAUUCAUGAAAUGCCAGAUUCGAUUAUCCCUACCGUUAUAGAUAACAAUCAUUAUGUGUAUAAAGCAACAAUAGGACCAUUGAGAAACGUCGACACUUACAGAUAUGAAAUAACUUAUUCAAAGAACAAUGACAACAUAAUUUUAGUGGCACAAUAUUCAUUCCCCUUUUUCCCAAGCAUACCCUCAAGCAAUAAGACGCGCCAAGGUCGAAAGAAGGAUAAGCACAAGCUAUCCUAUCCGAUCAACAUUUUUGCAUUUUCGGAUAACCAGUUUGGGCUGCGAGUUUUCAAUGAGCUUGUAGAGUCGGCUGCAGCUCGGCAUAAGCAACCUCACUAUAUACUACACGCAGGAGAUGCAGUGCAAGAAUACAAGAAUCUUCAACAAUGGCAAACAGACUUCUACGAUCCUCUGACCGCUUCUUAUCUCGGCCAACAGGCGCCCUUGAUCUAUGCUCACGGUAAUCAUGACUACGAUCCUGAUCUGGAAUAUACGUACACAGGGAAAGCACUUUGGUACUCCUUCAAAAUGGCUAAUAGUUGGUGGAUUGUCCUAGAUAGUAACAUGGACGAUAUGAAACAAGAUGAAUGGUUGGAAAACGAGCUUGCAUCCGCAGAGUCGCAAAGUGCUGAUUUUAGAGUGGUUAUCGUACAUAUUCCUCCAUUCUUAGAAUAUUGGGAUCCAGACAGCUGGCACGAGAAAGGAGAGAAACACUGGGGCGAGUUUGUAAGAACGCGAUUCGUUCCGUUGUUUAGAAAGUAUAAAGUCGAUUUGGUCAUUAGCGGUCAUCAGCACAACUACCAGAGGGGUGACAGAGAUGGUAUUACUUAUGCAAUCAUAGGUGGAGCUGGAGGUAGUUUGGAUUACGAUAGAGUAGAAAACUAUAAAUUUUAUGUUACUGAGGACAAGAAACAUCAUUAUGUACUUAUGGAAUUGUGGCCGAAAAAGAUCGUAUGCUCAGCAUAUAGUCUUGAUGGAGUGAUGCUUGACAAGUUCCUAUUAAGAUCAAGGGCUUGA